CCUUGUACAUAUGAACUGGUGACAGGUGAAUGACCCAUUCAGACCCAUUUAUUUCACAUUUUCGACAAGUUUACGAGAUUGUUUAGAAUUUUUAUUUAGUUAUAGUUACCCUGUUUUACCUUACCCAGCAUUAUUUAUAUCACACGUAGUAGAAAACAUGUAGUUAGUUUUAGAUCUAUCGUGGCCGCCGUAGUUUUUUUUUUAACUUUUGUUUCUAGAUUGCAGAGUUGCAGACUUACUUUAUAUUUGUUAUCCACUUAACGAAAUAUAAUAUGUUAUAUGUUGGAAUAUAGUUAUGUCUUUGAAAAGUGUGAAAUCAGGCUCUGAGUGGAGUGGCGGGUCCAGUGAAGUUUUAUAUGAAGGGCAUGAAAUCAAACAAGAAAUCGUUUUGGGCCCUAUAGUGCUGCAGCGUUCUGACUUGACGCAUAAGCUGAAUGACCAAAGUAAAUUAGUGAGAAACAACAAGUCUGCCAUAGAUGCUCCAGCCUUGGGGACCGAUGAGAUGGUGCGUCUGGCGUCCGAGAAUAUAAACAGUGAUUAUGGUCAGAAUAAAGCCCAUAUCAACCAAGCAGACAUGGCUCCAGCACCGAGUAUAAAACGGGAGCCAAUCGAUGAUGAACUACUGUUGGUCGCAGACCUGGGGACCGAUGAGAUGGUGCGGCUGGGCCUGACUCCGGAAACUAUGGGGGCUGACUAUGAAAUCUAUCGAAACAAAUUAACAGCUGAUAUUAAAAAAGAAGUCGCUGCGCCCACAUCGACAGUUUCAGCACCCCAGAGUGCCGCGAGUGUCGUACCUGCCUCGCACGUCGACGCGGUCAAGGAGGAGCUUUUGAAGGACGAGGUUGCUGAUUGUGAAAAUGGCCUGUAUCGGAGAAGCAGAAGAAUCAACAAGCAAAGGGCAGAAACAGAAAAACAAGAGUUAAUUAAAUAUAGCAGUAAAUUAACUUUUGAAACGGAUUCCGAAGAUAAAGACACAGAUUCAGAAUAUGACGAAAAAAAAUCAAAACGUGAAGACACUUCAGACGGCGACGAAAAACCUAAUUUAAAUGUAAAUAAAAUAAAAAAAGUUGAAAGACAGAAAAAAAGGCAUAUUUGUGACUUUUGUAGUAAAGAGUUUAAUUUCCGAGCGGGUUUGACGAAUCAUAUAAGAACGCAUACUGGUGAAAAGCCAUAUACAUGCAAAACAUGUCCUAAAAAGUUUUCAGAUUACGCCGUAUUGGUCCGCCAUAGACGUAUGCACGCCGGCUUAAAACCCCACGUUUGUGAUAUCUGUGGCAAAAAGUAUAGCGAAAAAUAUCUAUUAAAAAACCAUAAACUAGUACAUACGGGCGAAAUGCAAUAUUUCUGUAAAUUAUGUCCGAAAAAAUUUGUAAAUUCGUCGAAUUAUAGGAGACAUCAAAAACUUCAUAUGCAUAAAUAUGAAUGCGAUAUGUGCAAUAAGCGAUUUGAGAAGAAGGAUAAGUUAGUUUCCCAUAUUAUUAAUCAUAUGAAACCGAAGCCUUUCACUUGUAAGUUUUGUAAGAAAGGUUUUUUUCAAAUUGGACAUUUGAAUAGACAUUUAGUGAUACAUUUGGGGGCAAAGGAAACUUAUAAAUGCGGUAGUUGUAAGCAAAAGUUUACACAGAAUGCGUCACUGAAGAGGCAUAUUGAGAAAAAUGUUUGUAAGAAAAAAGUUUUUAAGAAGUAAAUUCUUUUUCAACGUGAGGAAAUGUUUGUAAAAAAAGUUUUAAAAAAGUAAUCUCUUUUUUAAUGUGGACGAUUAAAACAUUUAAUCUGUUUGAUAAAAUUGUUAAAUUUGAAUUUUUGAAUGAUUGUAAAAAGAUGCUGUUAUAUUUUUGAUCGUAUUUACAACACUUUCAUGGGCUUCGUCUAAGAAGUAAUUUUUUAUAUUUACCUAGUUUUAUUAGGCAAACAGUUAAAAAUACACUACAUAUUUAUAUUUACCUAGUAUUUAGGUACGUACGCUAUACGAAGUGAAUUUUCUAUUAUGACUGAUAGUAUUUUAUACUUUAUGGGGAAAGCAAUAUUUUUGUAUAUAUUUUAGAAGAAUAAAGUAGCUAUAGAAAUGUAACAAAAAAAAAAAUAUAUAAAGCCUGACUAGGAAUAUAUGAUCACGCGCCAUGUUGCGGAAUUUCACUAGAACUAAUUUUUUCAUACUAAACAACUGUCAACCUAUAUACAGUGUGAAACUACCUUAAAUCCUUAAGUUGGCUCAUUUUACUUAAAGGAGAUAUUCCUUUAGUUUUAGAAAGAAACAAAGCUGUAUUUAAAGAUUUUUCUUUUUUUUCUUCAAUUUCGCUUGUCUAAAAAUAUUCUUGAGUACUAAAUAUUCGAUUUUAUGGAUAUUUUGUACGACAGACGAAUGAGACCUAAUGUUUCUUGGAGAAAUGUUAUCAUUAACAUUAACUGUAUCGACUAGUCACUAGUAGAAUAAAAUUGCAAGUGUUUAUUUUUUGGAAUUUUUAGUCGGUUCGAGUCCCGGGCGAGGCAAGCGAGUUUUAGAAAAUCUUUGAAUGCAGUUUUGUUUCUUUUUUAAAAUAAAGGAAUGCCUCCUUUAAGUAAAAUGAGCCAGCUUAAGGAUUUAAGGCAGUUUCCCUCUAAGGCCCGACUUAUCUUUCGACACUGUAUACAUGAGAAUAACAGCACCCUCUUGACAAUGAUCAUAUAUCAUAUAUUACUGGUCAGGCUUUAUAUUCAUUAAGAUGUGCCUUACGGUAUGGAAUUAUUUCCGUCCAUUUGAAUAAACAUUUAGAUAAUAAUUGUGCCUUUAGGGGUUAUCCAUUAAUUACGUCACAUGUUUAGGGGGUGGGAGGGGGUCAAGAAAAUGUGACAUGUUGUGACAAGGGGGAGGGGGGAGUCACAAACAUUGUGACG